AUGCAGGCAAUUGUGUCCCACACUCUGGCCUCACACCUGCUCUGUGGACUUCUUGGAAGAUUCAAAGAAUUAAUGGAAUCAGGGCUUGCGAAAGCUCGGAAUGAACAGGAGGAACAAGAGGAGAAAAGAGAAAUCAAGAGGAGGUUAACUCGAAAGCUCAGCCAAAGACCCACAGUGGAAGAACUUCGAGAAAGAAAGAUCCUCAUCCGUUUCAGUGACUACGUGGAGGUGGCUGACGCUCAGGACUAUGACCGCAGGGCCGACAAGCCGUGGACCCGCCUCACCGCUGCCGACAAAGCUGCCAUUCGAAAGGAGCUCAAUGAAUUUAAAAGCACUGAAAUGGAAGUUCAUGAAUUGAGUAGACAUUUAACAAGGUUUCACCGACCUUAACAGUCAAAUUCCUCCUG